CCAUUUCUGUGAUUGCGAUGCUAUACUUUUUUCAGUAUAAUUUUAGAGAAGUAUUUUGUUUGUUCCUUUUAUUGAAUUACGAAUAAUUUAUGGAAACUAAUUAAAGGGGAUUAAUUGUCAAAAUAGAAUAAUCUCUAAAAAUUAAAUAUAAUUACAAUGACAGCUAAUUUCUGGAAAAGUUCUCAUUCAAAUAACUGGAUUUUUUUAGGGCAAACACUCAACACUUUAAGACAUAAUGAUUACCAACUCCUAACAGAAAUUGAUUACCAAAAAUUGAUGAUUUUCUUUGCUGAUUUUAUCCAGUCCUUGGGUGAACAACUUAAAGUAAAGCAACAGGUGGUAGCCACUGCUGUGGGCUACUUUAAACGCUUUUAUGUAAUCAAUUCUCUGAAAGAUGUGGAUCCAUUUUUAUUAGCCCCAACAUCACUUUUUCUAGCUUCCAAGGUUGAAGAAUUUGGCGUCAUUUCAAAUACACGUCUUAUUGCCUCUUGUCAGGGGCUAUUAAAAACCAAGUACGUUUUUCUUCAAUUACCUGAAUACUCUUACCGCUCUAAUAAUGUAUUAGAAUGUGAAUUUUACCUAUUGGAAAUGCUAGAUUGUUCGCUGCUAUUCUACCAACCAUACAGACCUCUAGUACUCUUAGCUUCCGAUAUGGGCCAAGAGGACAAAAUUUUACCCCUGGCUUGGAACUUGGUUAACGAUUCGCUCAGAACUGAUUUGUGUCUAAAAACUGCACCCCACCUUAUAGCUAUAACAUGUUUGCACUUAGCAUGUGUGUUACUACAGAAAAAUAAUUAUGUCAAUUGGUUUGCCGAACUUAAUGUUGAUUGGGAUUUGAUAGUGGAGAUAACUAGUGAGAUUGUCAACCUGUAUGACAUUUGGAAUGAAAUGGAUGAUAAAAACGAUAUACCUCAGAUACUUAAUAAGCUGCCUAAGGUUAAACUAAAUUCUUCCAAUCUAUCUAUAGGAAACAAUGCUCAAUCCUCUAAUAAUCUCAAUAAUAGCCUUAAUAUGGAUAAUAAUUGCUUGAAUAUAAUGAACAAAAAUAAUAACCUUAAUAUGUGUUGAUUGUACUCAUACCAUUUAUACUCAUAAUAUAUAUUAAAAUUUCUUUUUGAGUGAUUGAUUUGUUAAAUAAAAAAAUAAUAUACUAAUUGAAAUCAUUGUAAUUUAAACAAAAUAAAUAGAGAGAAAU